AUGCCUACCCAAGCUCAAGAGACGUGACAGGACAUUUCCAAGGAGCUUGGGUUGGAGUGGACCGUCUUGGCUUUAACAGAACAGAGAUGACGCUUUCAUGCCAAAUCUAAAGUGAAGUGUGACCAGGCUUGAGCAAUGCUGGAAACCUGGUAUGAAAAGUCACGGGACAAGCCCAACAAGACAAAGCUGCUGCAGGAUGGACUGGAGCGGGCGGGCAGACGAGACCUGUCCGAAAGGCUGCGUUGUCUCCAUCGGGGUCACCAGAAGUUGAGCCACAGGGUGGAGCUGCCCUCUGCCUUCCCCUUACUUGUCACGGUCCACAAGAGCAUCCAGCACCAGGAUGGACUUUGCAGGAACUCAACCACAAAUACACGUGAAACUGCAGAAUAG